UCAAAUGCUUCCCCUUGCAGGGCGAGUCAGGAGACACACUACUGGGUGGCAGGGACAGGGGAACAGGGGCUUCUCUCCGUGGCCACCUGGAAAGCCAUGAAAGACCUCCGGCUUAUCGGGAAACAACCUCAAAACUCACUCAAUACAAUUCCAGAUCAGAUCUAAACUUAAAACAGUUGAAGUGGAGAAGACGUUUCUUUCCGGAUUUUCAUGGACUCGCUGAGAAAUCCACAAAGACCAAGAGGAGGCCCGCUCAAGUUGAAAACUCAGGAUAUCUCCAAGCGGUUUUGAUGUCAGGGGAAGGCGGAGUGUAUCCAAAGUGGGUUUUAAUCUUUAGCCAGGCCACAGGCUCCAAAGCGUCACUCUCGUGUGCGUGCUCGGGCCGACAUGAGUGGAGGUCGCUUUGAGUUCGAUGACGGCGGCGCGUACUGCGGCGGCUGGGAGGGCGGCAAGGCACACGGCCACGGCAUCUGCACCGGGCCUAAAGGCCAGGGGGAGUUCUCGGGAUCCUGGAACUACGGCUUUGAGGUGGUGGGGGUCUACACCUGGCCCAGCGGGAACACCUACGAGGGCUACUGGUCGCAGGGCAAGCGUCACGGUCUGGGGGUCGAAACCAAAGGUCACUGGAUUUACAGAGGGGAAUGGACACACGGCUUCAAGGGGAGGUAUGGCAUCCGCAUCAGUGUCAGCAGCGGGGCCAAAUAUGAGGGAACGUGGAACAAUGGACUACAGGACGGCUACGGAACUGAAACCUAUGCUGAUGGAGGCACUUUCCAGGGUCAGUUCACGGGCGGCAUGCGGCACGGCUACGGGGUCCGUCAGAGCGUCCCCUAUGGCAUGGCAGCUGUCGUCCGUUCUCCUCUCCGGACUUCCCUGACCUCCCUACGCAGCGAGCAAAGCAAUGGCACAGUUCUGCAGCAAGACAUCCCCAUCAUCACCACCACAAGUGCCUCCGGUGAGGAGACUCCUGUUUCCAACCCUGCCCAACUGGGACCAUCGCGGGGAGGCUUCGCCCUCACGCUCCAGGUGGACCCAGAGGCAACGAAACCCAAGAAGAAAGGUCUGUUUCGCAGGAGCUCUCUGCUGGGCAAACUGAAGAAAUCCGACUCCAGCACUUCACUGUCCAGCCAGAAGAGCAAGAUCAGUUUCCUGAGGACGGAAUCGGCUUUAAGCUCCAACGCCAGCGACACCAACUCCACCAUCAGCAUGGGGGACGAGAGCCUGGCUGGCGCAGAAGACUUCCCCCCUGUAGAGGCAGACAUCGACGCCACCACCACCGAAGUCUACAUGGGCGAAUGGAAGAACGACAAGCGCUCAGGAUAUGGAAUAAGCGAAAGGUCCAGUGGCCUUAAAUAUGAAGGCGAGUGGCUGAACAACCAAAGACACGGCUACGGUUGCACCACCUUCGCCGAGGGCGGGAGAGAAGAGGGCAAGUACAUGAACAACAUGCUGGUGAAGGCUGUGAAGAAGAGAAUGAUUCAACUGAAAGGAACAAAGAUCAAGCAGAAGGUGGAGCGGGCCGUGGAGGGCGCUCAGCGAGCCGCUGCCAUCGGCAAGCAGAAGGCGGAGAUUGCCGCUUCCAGGUCCACCCACGCCAAGGCCAAGUCGGACGGAGCCGACCAAGCUGCUCAAGCAUCCAACAGCGAAUCCAGCAUCGCCAGGCUGGUGGCCAAAGAACUUUCACCUACUUUCUACCAACCAGGUCCAGAGUAUCUGAAGAAGCGAGUGAUGGCGGAAGUUGGGGAGGGAAGUGAGAACACGGAUGUCAUCACGCACGAGCCGCUGUUAGCCGAGGAGGAGCCGGCGCCGACGCCGCCUGAAAGCCCGAUCGUGAACGAACUAGACCGCCUCAUGCCUGGCUCCUCCCCAGCCCGCACUCCCUCCCCCAGUCCAGGCAUCUUCAUCAAGGAAGACCCCAAACUUCUAGGUCCCGGCAACUGGGCCGAUGAAAAAGCUAGUAAAAGCAGUAGUAAGCCCAACAGCAGGCCCACCACACCUUCUGUCCCUCCUCCUGUUCCCACUGGAUCAGAGGGCACCUUUGCUCGCAGUCUCUCUCGCACUCCAAGCCGCCACAGUACCAAGAAUGAGCAGGGUUCCGAUUUAGAGAUCAAGCCCUUGCAAAAAUUUGAUCCAGUGGUGAAUACCGUAGACGCCGCGUCUGCACAAAAACCUGCACGAAACAGCUUUACUGCGGUAAAUGACGAGGAAAAACCGCCCCCAAAAGCUGCCACUCCAAAUUUGAAAGCCAAUGACCUGAAACUCGAAAGAGUCCCGACAGUCCAAGAUCGAGAACAGUCGUGGGACUUGAGUCGGCCUUCCGUCAAAGCAGAAACCAAAUUGCUACCAAAACGACAACCCAGCCCUGCUCCGUCUCCAAAGCCUGCAGCCAACCACGAACCUAAGACAUUAGCCAAACCUGCCGAAGCCAAAACCAACAGCGUCAAACCUGCCUUGAAAGCGGAUCCCAAAGCAGAAGCUCGACUGAAAGCGCCAAUGUUGAAUUCAAGUCACGAAGUAACUGCAGAGUCUUUGGAACAGGAGAGCCCCAAUACCAUCAUGAUCUGCAUGGUUAUCCUGCUCAACAUCGGUUUGGCCAUUCUCUUUGUGCACAUUUUGUCAUGAGGCGUUUGACGCCACCUCAGGUCACCAUCGGCGCUGUAGCGAGACGGCCCGCCUCCACCGCAGUUUAGACAAGAGCGAGAAGGAAAUCAGAAGCCUCGUGAACAGCAGCGGCUCUUCUUCUCGAGAGUGUCUGUUGGUGUGACUGUGUGAGCUUGCGUCGGGCUGCAGACAAACUAGAAGAUGAAGGACACUGAAUGACUUAAAUGGUUCAGUAUGAAGUUUCUGUGCGAGAGUGGGGGAAGGCAAGAUGAGCGAGUAUAGCGGUGUCCAAUGCACUGAAGAAGUCUAUGUUCAACUUGGAAUGUGUUAACAUAAAUGAAAAAAAAAAAGCUUUUAAUUAAUACGCAACUACCACCCAAGCUUCACGUCCAAUUUUACCCACUGAAAUCAUCACGAUUGUCUUUGUUUUGCUUUGUUUGACAUUUUCUCAUUUCCAACUCGUCUGAAACUGUAGGUGGACCUUUGACCUAACACUUCAGAUUGUGAUAUUCUGUCAAGUAGGUAGUUUCAAUUCCUGGAUGCCGCCUUGGCCAACGCGAAAGAAAUCAGUCUUAAUGUUGAGGAAAUUUCACUAUUUCAUAAGGUUGGACAACGGCUUCACUGUAAGAAAAAGAAUACUUACAGUACUAGCAGGAUCAGUUUAGGUGCAUGGAUUUUUAUUAUUACAUCAAAAUGAGAUUUUAACCCUCAUCCUCAGCAUUUGAUCGCUUGUUCUGUUGACAGGAAGAUUAAACAAUGCAUCUAAAAAGAAUUAUCAAAAAUAGUUCUCAAUUUGAUGACGAAUUGUGGCACCUGUACAAUAUUGAUAAUGCGAGAUGCGGCCCUCUAUUUUGUGUCAACUAUUUCUGCUGUAGUGAUGCUUCUGUCUCUUUGACUGACCCCCCCCCCCCCCGUGAAAAUAGACUCUUCAGCAAUAGUAAUCUGGAAAAUCUGCAUUUUUGGCUGUGGUGUUGAACACUGUGAAGUGUGAUGCUUUCACUGUGCAUUUAUUGUCAUUCUGCCACAUAGAAAGAAGCCUAUAAGGCACACAGAGAAUGCCAAGCUUGUCAAUGUUUAUGUUCGGUAUGUGCUUGUGGCGUAACGGAGGAGGUUGAAAUGGAGUUUUUGUGUGUAGAGAGACAAGAAAGCAGAAAAUGGAUACUGCGAGCUGACUGACAACAACCACUGCAUCAUGUUCGCUUGUGAGCAUUUAGCAGUAAUUUUCUUAUAUAGAAUUUAAAAACAAAAAGUGCUUUCUGGAGUACCCAAGUGCCUGAUGUGCCAUUUGAAGCCAAAUGAGUUCCUCUUUUGUAAGCAUGAGAGCCCUGUGUGCAUGUCCCAGUUUGACACAUAGCAUUCAGAACCGAUUUGUGCAAAACUGAAUGAAGACUUGGAUUACCUCGUUAUUGGGAGUUUGAGAAUAUUUUUCUCAACUCCAUGUCUUACAUUGAGAGUACGCCCUGUUAUUUAAAUCAUUAUUUUACCAAUGUAUACACCCUUAAAAAUGGUGGGUUGAAAACAAACCAAUUUUAAAUCUAUUUUUUUAUACAAAACAACCUCAAAUUGGGUCAGAUUGAGAUUUUUAACCCAGUAGUUUUAAAGUUGUCUGUGGAAUAGCAAUGAUUUUUAUUUGAUUGUAGAAGGCCAAACAAAAGUUCUCUGUGAUCUUUCAAUUGGCAUGUUUUGUCUUUUAAAUUGACAAGUCAUAGAGGAAGAGAUUCAACGUGUAACACUAAUCAAGCCCCAUAAAUCAUUGUACUGUAUGUACAAGUAGGAGCCAAGUUGAUAGGCCCGUUGCCCAAAGCACGGCUGAAUUUAAAGAUGUGCAAUUUGUGGUUGUGUAUUUAAACCCGGCGCAAAAAAAUUUGAAUUCAAUAAUUAAAAAGUUACACGAUCA